UUCGUUGCUGUCUCUGCUGGAGGCGUUGACCAGGUCAGAUGUCAGUCCAAUGCAGCACCUGGAGCAGCAGCAGGCUCUCGCCCGUCAGUUCGCUCAGAUUCUCCACUUCACGCUGCGCUUCGACGAGCUCAAAAUGACGAACCCUGCCAUCCAGAAUGAUUUCAGCUACUACCGCAGAACCAUCAGCCGCAUGCGGAUCAACAACCAGUGUGCCAGUGAAGAGAAUGAAGUCACCAAUGAGCUGGCUAACCGGAUGUCUCUGUUCUACGCCAACGCCACGCCCAUGCUGAAAACGCUAAGCGACGCCACAACAAAGUUUGUAUCAGAUAAUCCAGAUGUGCCGAUUGAAAACACGACGGACUGUCUGAGUACGAUGGCCAGUGUCUGUAAAGUCAUGCUGGAAACGCCGGAGUACCGCAGUCGUUUUACCAGUGAAGAGACUGUGUUGUUCUGCCUGCGUGUGAUGGUCGGCAUCAUCAUCCUGUACGACUAUGUCCACCCAGCAGGCGCCUUUGUCAAGACCUCCAACAUAGAUAUGAAAGGCUGUAUCAGACUGCUGAAGGACCAGCCGGCUAUCAGUGUGGAGGGAUUGCUCAACGCUCUGAGAUACACAACCAAACAUCUGAACGAUGAAACUACCUCCAAGCAGAUCCGAAGCCUGCUGCAGCCCAACUAACCGGCUGCCGCUGCUGCUGCUGCUGCCGCUGCCGCCGCCGCGACGCCACCCGGCUCGCCUCUCGCUCCACAUUCCAACACAUACUGAACAAAUGUGUAGCUCAUAUUUGUAGCAGUUCUACCUGAAUAUUUUUAUAUGCUGUCAGAACAAAGUCAUUUCACUGGGUGAGUUUUGUAGUAAAAAUAAAACGGAAUA